CACUCCCUUCUGCGGCCAUGAAGUGAGGACUCAGCAUCGGCUCUCUGCAUCCCCAUUUUGCUGCCUUCGUGACGCGCGACGCCUGCUGGCUCUAUGGAUCCGGAAAUAAACGGCCCUCAACGGGCUGUUGCGGCACCGCCUGCCGGAACCGACCGCGAGACUCCCGCUGCCAGUGAUAGCAACAGCACCCACGCCGACUCCAACUCAAGCUCCAAUCCCAGCUCCAGUGUCAGCGUUGCGGACAACGCGGGUGAUGCCGACGCGGACCUCGAUGCUUCCUCCAGCCAAAAGGCGGAGGACAUCCUCGCCGCGUGCAAAUGGAGGGACAUCGGCCGCCUCCGGUCCCUCGCUGAAGGGAAAGGUGGCCUUCUCACGGACGCCUUGCGCAGGCGAGCCUGGCCCCUACUGCUUGGCCUCGAAGUCCCAUCCGGCGACGACUGCAGUAGCGGCAGCCAGGACGGCCUCGCCGGUCCAGGUGACCCCCCUGUUGACUGGAGAGACUUGCCGCGUCAUAGGGAUGAAGAUCAAGUCCAACUCGACGUUAACAGGUCUUUUAUCUAUUACCCUAGCAACCUGUCUGAGUCCGAGCUGGAUCAGCGCAAGUCGGAACUAUCGUCUCUGAUCAACGAGGUUCUCCGUCGUUAUCCGUACCUCUGCUAUUUCCAGGGCUACCAUGACAUCUGUCAGGUGUUGUUGUUGGUGCUGGAGCCAAAAUGGAGGGCUCGCUCCGUCGCCCGCCUCUCUGUAUUGAGAAUUCGCGACUUCAUGCUGCCAAGCUUUGCGCCCACCACUUCCCAACUUCGGCUCCUCCCUGACAUUAUUAGUAACGCUGACCCAAAGUUACGGCAACACCUUGCGGGUAUAGAGCCAUUCUACGCAUUGGCAGGCACUCUCACCAUGUAUGCCCACAACAUCGAAGGUUAUAGAGACAUUGCUCGACUCUUCGACGUGUUUCUAGCUCGCGAGCCCGUCUUCAGUAUCUAUGUGUUUGCACAGAUCGUUCUCGAUCGCCGUGAUGAAAUCUUCGAGAUCGACGAGCCCGACAUGCUCCAUGUCAUCCUUGGCAAAGUGCCGACUAAGAUGGACUUGGACAGGCUUAUCACCGACUCCUCCAGGCUUUUCGAGAACCACCCCCCUGAGACUCUACCAUCAUGGAGACGAAUAUCACGCUCGAGUGCCCUGAAGACGGCCCGAGAUGUUGAAGAAUGUGCCACACAGUCCAUGGAGGAGGGCCAUGAAUUCUUCCAAAGACAGAUCAAAGAUCUUCAGUGGGCGGAACUCUAUGACCGCGUAAAGUGGACGCUCUGGGCAUACCGCCGCCCGGCCAAGGCAAUUGGUGUGGCAGUUGCAGUGGGUGCCCUGGCAUUUUAUAUCCGCCGCAACCCAGGAAUCAUUAAGCGACUCGUUGCGCUAUUCUCUCGAUAAACUUGAUCUUUAUAACCACGUACCAUGAUAUUCGGUUCAGGUCGGCGCAUCUAUUACGUAGAAUCUGGCACGGUGUAUUUUUUGUUUGACGGAUAGUUGUCUAAAAGGAAACUCCGUCUAGCUGUAUAGAUCCAUCAUCUUCGCCCAGG